AUGCCUGGAUUUAGAGAUAAUUUCCCACCAAAACCUCAGUUUACCGACAAGUCCAUCAGCGGCCAAGCUGGAAAGGUAUUUUUGGUGACGGGAUGUUCCAGUGGAGUUGGUAAAGAGCUGGCAAGGAUCCUCUAUUCCUAUGAUGCAAAGGUCUACAUCACCGCCCGAUCCAUCACGAGAGCCAACGCGGCAAUAGAAGAGAUCAAGGCUCUACACCCAAAAUCGCGGGGAGAACUCAUCCCUCUACAUCUCGAUCUUGACGAUCUAGCUUCCGUCAAGAAGUCGGCCGAUGACUUUCUUAGCCGAGAAAACAAGUUGGAUGUACUGUGGAAUAAUGCUGGCGUCAUGGUUCCUCCCACUGGCUCGAAGACAAAGCAAGGCUACGAGGAGCAGCUAGGCGCCAACUGCCUGGCAACUUUUCUCUUCACAAUGCUUCUUACUCCUCUACUAGUUAACACGGCAAAGACUGCUGCUCCCGACUCUGUUCGCGUGGUCUGGGUUUCGUCAUCAACGACUGACCGCUCUCCACCCGGCGGCAUAGAUUUCGAUAACCUGGAUUAUAAGAAGAAAGACCCGGGCAAGUGGGCCAAAUACGGAAUUAGCAAGGCCGGGCUCUACUACUACGCAACGCAGUAUGCGAAACUAUACAAACCUGAUGGCAUCACUAGCGUCUCUCUGCAUCCAGGAAAUUUAAAGACUGAGCUCCAGCGCCAUGUCUCUGCACUGCAGAUGGUUAUCAUCAACAUGAUGGUAUAUCCGCCGGUUAAUGGCGCCUACACGGAGCUGUUUGCUGGCCUAUCGCCCGAUGUGACCUUGGAGAAGAGCGGUGCUUGGAUCCAGCCUUGGGGUCGCUUCGGUACGCAGCGACCUGAUUUGGUGCAAGGCUCAAAAUCCAAAGCCGAGGGCGGAACUGGCAUCGCAGAAAGGUUUUGGGAAUGGUCAGAAGAGCAAGUCAAGCCUUAUACUUGA